AUGGUUGACGAAUAUCUGACGGCAAGAGCCGCUAAGGGUAAAAGGGGGAUCUUUAAAAAUAUAUCCACAACACACGAUUCAGACGACAACAACAUGGCCGUGGCACGCCCCAUUCGUGUCCUGGGUUUGUUAGCCAUUGGGCUAUGGGUUUUCUUCUUAUACCAAGUGUUUGGUCCCAGAGGAUCUCCAAAGGCUCCCGGCGAACAUGUCGAGAACAUGGAGAGAGAUCCAAAUCUGGACAUAACUGGAGAACCCGAGGGUGUUAUAUUACGCCGGGCAGGUAAAGGAUACGAGCCUGGUCCUGAGGGCACAUCUCGAAUAAAUGCGACUCUCCUGUCUUUGGUCCGCAAUGAAGAGGUGGAUGGGAUAGUACAAGCUAUGCGAGAUCUCGAGCAAACGUGGAAUUCCAAGUUCAAUUAUCCCUGGACUUUCUUCAAUGACAAGCCCUUCUCAGAGGAAUUCAAGAAGAAGACUCGAGCAGAAACGAAGGCAGAAAUUAGAUAUGAACUCAUUCCUGCUGAGCAUUGGGAUGUCCCCUCGUGGAUCAAUGAAGAGCUAUUUCAAGAGUCGGCGCAAAUCCUCAAGGAAAACGAUAUUCAGUAUGGAUCCAUGAAAUCCUACCAUCAGAUGUGCAGGUGGAACAGCGGUCUUUUCUACAAACAUCCUGCGUUGAAGGAUACGCAAUACUACUGGCGUGUGGAGCCCAAGGUCCAUUUCUUCUGCGACGUGGACUAUGAUGUGUUCCGGUACAUGCAAGACGGAAACAAGACGUACGGAUUCACGAUCAAUCUAUACGACGCUCCUGCAUCAAUUCCUACCCUAUGGCCCGAGACGGCCAAGUUCCUCGCGCAACAUCCGGAGUAUAUGCACGAGAACAAUGCAAUGCCAUGGGUGACGGACAACAAGAGGAGGCCGGAUCACAAUUCGAAAGCGAAUGGAUACUCAACUUGUCAUUUCUGGACCAAUUUCGAGAUUGCAGAUAUGAGCUUCUGGAGGAGUCAGGCAUACGAGGAUUACUUCAACCACCUGGAUCGUGCUGGAGGUUUCUUUUAUGAGCGGUGGGGUGAUGCGCCGGUGCACAGUAUUGCGCUGGGCUUAUUUGAAGAUUCGAGCAAGAUUCAUUGGUUCCGUGACAUCGGAUACCAACACAUUCCGUUUUUCAAUUGUCCCAACUCACCGAAAUGCAAGGGCUGCGUGACCGGACGAGUCACAGAUGGAGAAUCAUGGUUGAUGAAAGAGGAUUGCCGACCGAACUGGUUCAAAUACGUGGGGAUGGGUUGA